AUGGGCAUCACGAACCUAUGGUGCGCGCCCGCGGUCCCCGCCCCUCCCGAACCCGACACCGCGUCCCGCUUCGAUGCACCCCCACGAAGGGGAAAUGCAAAGAAGCUGCUGGACGAAGAGGGCGCCAUCGUCAGGGUCGACGGGUCGGACGAGGAUGACCCGGACGCGCAGAGGAUCAUCCGCGAAUCUGUCGACGGCAAGGCUCUCGCCGUUGACCUGAGCCUUUGGAUCAUCCAGGCAUGUACCCAGCAAGCUCUGGACGAAGUGUACAACGAGGACCUCGGCUUUGAUGAUCCGGACGCGUCCAAGACGGCCAAGGUCGUCUUCGAGCGCGCGCUGAACUACCUCAGGCACGGGUGCGUGCCCGUCGGCGUCAUCGACGGCCAGGCGCCCUGGCAAAAGCUCGGCGCGCUCCGGGCCAGAUGGGGAGCCCACGCCGGAGGCGGUGGAGGCGCCUUUGGGAGAUGCGGGGAGGUUGCGCUCGAGGUGCUUCGCGCGCUGGGGCUACCCGGGGUGGAGGCCCCGGGCGAGGCGGAGGCCACGUGCGCGGUCAUGGACAGCAUGGGGAUCGUCGACGGGUGCGUGACCAGCGACGGUGACUCCCUGCUCUUCGGCGCGAGGACGGUGUUCAAGACGCUGAGGCUCUCGCAAAACGAUCAGCGCGACUUAUUCAUGGAGCGAGUGGAAGCCGCCGACGUGGGCAAGAGGCUGAUGCUCGGCGAUGACGUGGAGCACGUCGCACCCGCGCUCACCGCCCUCGCCCUCCUCACCGGCGGCGACUACGACCUCACCGGCGCCAAGAACGUGGGCGGCACGAAGGCGCUGCUCGUCGUCAAGGCGCUCGCAAAGGACGAGGCUCGAAGGACCCGGGCAGAGCCGGGGGGACGGGACCGACGCCAACGAAGCUUACCCGCCCGCCUCGACGCCUUCCUCGCGUCCGCCCCGGACCCGACGAUCGAGGCACUCGACAAGUGCACGGGAUGCGCGCGUUGCAAGCACGACGGGUGUUUGAAGAACAAGGUCAAGAACCACGUCCGCGGGUGCUCGGAGUGCGGCACCGACGCGGGAUGUGUCGAACGCGACGGGGUUGAGUGCGAGUGCCCGUUCCACGCGCGAGCGGACGAGCGGUGGUUGCACAAGGUUCGCGAGCGCGCGAACGCCACGGACGGGUACGCGCGGAGCUUUCGGGACGCCGCGCGGGGGUACGCGGCUCAGGCGAGGGACGCGGAGGAGGCGUUGGGGGACGCUUCCGACGUCGAGUGGGUCGAGAGGGCCGAGAACGACGGGGACGAGUUUGACUCGUUUCGGAAGAUGCGGUGGAGGCGCAGGCCGGACGUCGCGGCGCUUCAGGAGAUCAUGGAGACGUACUGCCAGUGGGAACCGCGGCGCACGCGCGAGAAGCUGCUCCCGGUGCUGGUCGAGUGGGACAUGAAGGCGGCGCGGAGGGCGCUUCGAAGGGUGGAGGAUCCUUCGACGGUUGACCCGGGCCGGCGGUGGGAGCUGCUGCGGCGCCGGGGCGUCGAGUUCGUGGUGGAACGGAUCGCGAAGGUGUCCGGGAACAACAAGGCGCCCCCGUGGAGGUACCUUCUCGAGGUCAACUCCGCGGAUCCCGCGCACUGGGCCGCGUGGCAGAGGGCGGCGACGGGCGACCCGGCCGCCGGGGAGUCGGCGCCGAAGGGCGGGACGGCCGUUCUUCCCCCGAACUUCCACGAACGGGGCGACGACCUGGCGUUCCUGAAAGGUCUGGCGCAGAGGAGGAGCGUGCGCAUGUCGCUGGUGCGCGAGACGUGCCCGCAUCUCGUGGCCAGGUUCGACGCCGGGGGUUCCAAGGCUAAGUCUGCGCCGUCCACUCCGGCCAAGUCCAAGUCCAAGCCGACGACGCCGAGGAAAACCCCGAAGACGGUGCGAGGGACCAAGACGCGUUCCCCGGAUCAGCACGACAUCACCUCCUUCUUUUCCCAGCGCCGGCCGGCGGCACCCCCCUCGGCACCCCCCUCGGCACCCCCCUCGGCACCCCUCGCGAGCACCCCCGCCCCGCGGACGCCCGCGUCGAAGCGAAAGCCGCCGACCGAAGUUGGGGACGACUCGGCGCACGACUCGGACUCGGACGAGAUACUGGGCGCGGGUCUCAGACCGGACCUAGGGGCGGUGAGGAGGCUGGAGGCGAAGAAGAAGCUGUCGUUCGUCGCGACGGAGGAAGAGGCGCAAGACGAGGGCCUCGCCUCCCCGGCUCGACCCAAAUCGUCCGCGGUGAACGUCGUGGACCUGCGAACGCCGCCGGGGUCGCCGGCGCGGACACCGGCGCCCGAUUCGUCUCGGAAGGGGCGCCCCGGGGGUGCCCCGGCGUCUCCCGCGCCGAGGUCCCCGUUGUUCUCGCCGACGAAAAAGGCCAGGCAGGCGACUCUGUUCGAGUGUUUGAGCCCCAAGAAGGCCGCGACGCCGUCCCAGCCGGAGACUGUGGACCUGUGCACGCCCCAGAAAUGAACGAAAUGAACGAAUCGACGCGUUGAACUCACGUUACAUAACAGACGGAGCGAGACGAUAAACUAAGAUUAACACGAAGCACUGCCGCACGCUCAUCACAC